GAAGAAAAAAUGUGGAUACUCGAACCGUUUGUUUCUUCAUCACAAAUUGCUUCGAAUGCAGCAGGAUCAAAUUUACAAAUUGUAUAUAUGGUUCCGAAUAGAUCCUACAUUGUUGGAAGAAAGCGAGAUGAAUGUGAAGUAUUUGUGGAUAAUGAUAAAAGUAUUUCGAGGAAACAUGCUGUGAUCACUGUGGAUGAUUUAUCCAAUAUCAAACAAGCAUUGAUUCAAUUUUCUGAUGAUCCGAUCAUCAAGCCUAAACUAUCAGUGGAAGACUUUUCAAAAUAUGGAACAUUUGUUGUGAAAGGAACUGGUUCUCCAGAGAAAUUAACUACAAAUACCAAGACUGAUCUUGAUGGAAAUUGGAGAAUUAGAUUUGGAGUUUAUCAGUCAAUUUAUAU